UAUGGAAGCAGUACACACUGCGCUAUCCCAUAAUACAACGGGACUGGCGUGGAAGAGCAGUCAGAAUCAAAAAUGCCGGAAGGUAGCGUGUCGGCUCUUUUAAGGUUGUAGGUCACAUGACAUUGCUAACACGCCGGAUGUAGUAUGUCUGGAUUGUAUUCAUACUUCACACUUAUACUGAUCAGUACGUACUGCAUCGAUGGCCGAGCUGUAGGUACUGAAUCGAGAUGCAGUAGGUACAGUACUGUCACAGUAUGCGAUUUCAGAUGCAGCCUACGUGUAUGUAUGAAACAGUGUGUAUGAGAAAUACAGGACAAAUCGUGUACCUUAUUGACUCAUCAAAGGAGGCAGCAUUUCAUUUUUCAAUGAGGGACAAUCUCAUAUUAUAAAGGCAGGGUGGCAACCUUAUUUGAUUACUAUAUGGUGUUGCCCGGUUGGUUGCUAGGGUGUUGCUAGGUGUUUACUAUCAUAUUAAAUGUGGUUGCUAGGUGAUUGCUAACAUAUUCCAGUGGGUUUUUAGCAUGCUCCUGGUUGGUUGCCAUGAUAUUCCAUGUUGUUGCUAUAGAGUUUCUAGGUGGUUGCCGUGCUAAUCAAGUUGGUUGCUAUGGUGUUGCGAGGUUUUUCUCAUGAUAUUUCAGAUAUUAUAACCUUAAUUCUGGUCCCACAAGCACAAGCUCACUAUUCAUAUAGUAUAAUCCCUGUAUAAUUUCAUGGAGCUAAGAAGAAGAACAGUAUGCUGUCUCUAUCAAGUAAAUAAUUCAGUUAUAGAGACGCCUUUUACAGCACAAAAGCAAGGCGAUAGAGUAAGAAAAGGGCAUUAAUCACACUUGUAGAAGGGACGAAGCUAAAAUGGAGAGGUGUGAAAACACAAUGCAGUGGUACACGCACUACUCAACUUCCGUAUCUUUACUGCUCGUGUCAUGAAGAAGUUCAUAACUGCUUACAAGUGCAGUACGAGUGAAGGAGGAACAGGCUGAUUAAGGCAGUUAAUGUUCAUUAAAACAGUAAGAUAGGUUUAUUUUGUAUUUAUAAGGAUAUUUUUGGUCUAAACUCUUCACGUGGUGGAUCUUCAAGUGUCGGCUGUCUGAAGGCGGAUGUCACCAUGUUGUACAGAAUGUGGAGAGAUAUUACAGUAGCAGCGAUCCUCAUGUUACUGACAGGAGUUCAGGCUCAACACAGUGUAACUCUCUCCUCUCAGAGUCUCUGUGUUGUUACUGGAUCUACAGUAAAAAUCCCCUGUAAAUUUAUACCUGGUCACUCCAGUGUCACACAGACAGAGUGGUAUCGAGUCCAGAGCUCUGAAGGAGAACCACGAGACCUGAGGAAAGAUCCACAAUACUCAGGACGAGUGUCUGUAAGCACCUGGUGGUCUUCCUGUGAGCUGACAGUGAGGAAUGUGAGAGUGAGUGACUCUGGAAUUUAUAACUUCAGAUUUAAAACACAGAGAAGUGACUGGAUAUCAGCCUCAUCUGGCGUUCAUCUGACUGUCACAGACUUGCAGGUGAAGGUGGAUCCUAACACUGUAGGACAGAGAAAAGUGAAAGUGACCUGUAGCUCCACCUGCAGCAUCAGCACAGACUAUUUCAACUGGUACAGGAAUGGCCUUUACAUCGCAUAUACCUAUGACUCCUCCACUGUCCUCGACUUGACCAGUCCUUAUGAUGAAGUCAGCUACUCCUGUAAGGUGCAUGAGAGUGAACACCGCUCUCCUCCAGUGUGUGUUUUUGAUGAGAAGAGCUGCUGGAGUGUGACUUACUCCACCCAGACUAUCUGCUCUCUGAUUGGAUCAUCAGUGGACAUACACAGUUAUUUCACCUUCCCUAAUCGUUACAAGGUCACAAAAGUGAUCUGGUUCAUUAAAGGACAGGUUGGUGUUGAACCUGUGGAUGUGAGAGAGGAUGAGGAGUAUCAGGGCCGAGUGCAGUACACACAGAUCUCCCAGAAUAACUGUAGUCUGAGAAUCACUAACCUGAGAGAGAGAGACGCUCAAACAUACAGAUUCAGAUUCUACACUGAUGAUCCUGCAGGCAAAUACACCGGCCAUCCUGGAGUCUCUCUGUCUGUCACAGAUCUGAAGGUUACAGUAUCAGACUGGGAUAACGGAUACAAGAAGCUGAGCUGCACCACCUGCACUCUGUCUAACAACCCCACUUACAUCUGGUACAAGAACGGACAGCGUGUCACUAACCCGUACAGAAAUUAUCUGUACGUCAGUAGUGAGGAUGCAGGCAGCUACUCCUGUGCUGUAAGAGGACAUGAGGAGCUUCGCUCUCCUGCUGUCUGUGUUUUAGAUGAGAAGAGCUGCUGGAGUGUGACUUACUCCACCCACACUAUCUGCUCUGUGAUUGGAUCAUCAGUGGACAUACACAGUUAUUACACCUUCCCUAAUCGUUACAAGGUCACAAAAUCAGUCUGGUUCAUUAAAGAGCAGGCUGGUAUUGAGGUUGUGGAUGUGAGAGAGGAUGAGGAGUAUCAGGGCCGAGUGCAGUACACACAGAUCUCCCAGAAUAACUGUAGUCUGAGAAUCACUAACCUGAGAGAGAGAGACGCUCAAACAUACAGAUUCAGAUUCUACACUGAUGGGGGUAAAUACACUGGUGAUCCUGGAGUCUCUCUGUCUGUCACAGAUCUGAAGGUGACAGUAUCAGACUGGAGUGAGCAGUACAUGAAGCUGAGCUGCAUCACCACCUGCACUCUGUCUAACAACCCCACUUACAUCUGGUACAAGAACGGACAGCGUGUGUCUGAGUGUAAAUCUGCCUCCUGCUCUGUAGCUGCAGUCGGUGGUGCGGUCAGUUACAGCUGUGCUGUUGAAGGCCAUGACAGUCUCCUCUCUCCUCCAGUGUAUUCCCCUAAAAACACCAGCGCAGUGGUUCUUUCCUCUGGAGACACAGUGGAGGGGGAUUCAGUGACUCUGAGCUGUAGCAGUGAUGCAAACCCUCCUGUUCUCACCUACUCCUGGUUUAAACAGAGAGCAGCUGCAGACACACUGCUGACAACAGGCCAGAAUUACAGCAUCAGCAACAUCAGCUCCCAGCACAGCGGACUGUACUACUGCACUGCUCACAACCAGCUGGGACAGCACAACUCUACACCCACACUCCUGGAUGUGAAGGAUAACUCUACACAGACACUCCUGGAUGUGAUAGGUGAUGAGGAGAGCUCAGCGAAGGUGUGGAAGCUGCAUGCUGUAUGGGGAGCUGCUGCACUCGUUCCUGCUCUGCUUCUCUCUCUUCUUACUGCCGUUCUGUGCAUUAAGAGGAAGGGAGGAGCAGAGAGAGACACAGACAUUCAGGGUGUUCCAAAGCCUGGAGAUGACACAUACACAGCACUGAACCCCAUGAAUACGUCCCCGGAUUAUGACACUCUGCAAUAUGUUAAAAGUGACACUUACACAACCCUGAACUCUGCAACCAUGUCCUCUGAUAAUGAAAUGCUGACGGGUGUGGCUACUCGACUCAGUGAGGAGAAGUACUCCAGAACUGGUGAAUGAGAACUAACGGUUGACUUUGGUUAGUAACGGCUCAGGAAGGUGCUCAGGGUGAGAGUUUUAGGAUUAGAGUUGAGGAUUAGAGUUAAACAGCAUCAAGACGUCACAACAAACUCAUUUCUGUCUUAAUUAAGUGUCAUUCGUUUAUGUUAUUCAAGCAGUUCCUUUAGUUUCUCAGUUGUCUUUUUGCACAUUUAAUGUAUUACACACACAUACAUAUAUAGUGUGUGUAGCAUCCUGGGAUCAUCCUUCACAUUUUCUACUAUAUCUAUCUCUCCAUCUUUUUCUCAUCAUCGCCUCUUCACUCGCUUGAUCUCUGUUCAUGCUGACAUCAGUGGGGAAAUAAUCACUGAUUCAUUCCAUCAGCUCUGAUCUGUUGGUUAAAUUUCUUGUUACUGUCUUACAACUCUGUUCGCUCUUGUCUGAUCCUAUUUGUUAUUUUCAUGUGUUGUAAAACUACAGUGAAAAACUGGUUAAUGCUGAUGAUAACUGAUAAUGAAGCAAGGAAUACCAACCUCCAUAAACAUGAAUUGUACUAUGUCAGAUCUGUUACUGUACAAUGCUUGAAAUGUUUCUACAUACAAGAAUAAAAUUGAGCUUAUGAGAUUUUAUGUCAUGUAUUAUUAUUUUUUAGAUUUAUAGAGUGUCUUCAAACACCAAUCCAUAAAAUAGAGAACAAU